AUGUUCUGGGGAACUUUGGGAACCAUCCGGCCCUUCUGCAGCUUCCACCCUGAGCUAGACGUGAUGGCGAUCCAGGUGGCGCUGGAGAAGAAAGACUCGCUGACUCUGGUGAGAAUAUUGACCAAUCGGAGCAACGCCCAGAGACAGGUGAUCUCCAGUGUUGAGGAGGAAACACAGAAGGAGCUCAGCGCGGUUCUGAAGAAAGUUCUGUCUGGCGAUCUGGAGGACCUGCUUCUGGAUCUGCUGAUGCUCCCGGAGCAGUUUGAAGCUCAGCGUCUGCAGAGCGUGCACCGGAAGCACUUCUCUGGAGACCCCUGGCUGGGUCUGAAGGUUCUAGUUCAGUGCAUCCAGAAUCCUGACAUCUACCUUGCCAAGAGAGUGAAUACGAUGAAGAAGUCCCUGGUCCACAGAAUCAUGGUGUCACACAGCGAGGAAGACCUGCUGUGUGUCUGAGCAGCGUUCCUGAAGCUGACCGGAAAGUCUCUAUACUCGACUCUGCAGCUCUGGUCCCGCCACAGAAAGACCCGGUCCCCUCCAAGCUUCCUCCGUUCCUCGGCACCUCCAGGAGCAGCUGAUUCGCUGACCGGAGGGACCGAGAGGGGAGUACAUGUGAAGCAGCUCAGAGAGUUAACAGAUGAGCUGCAGCAUUUUACACCAGCUGCAGACGGGACAGAGAUUUCUGAGAGAUACCAAGAUGGGCAUGGAGUUGAUGGGAAGAUGGCGGCAUGGACCUGCCGCAGCAAGCCCCUCCCAUCUGGAAACCUGGACAGCAUCCUGGCCGACGUUAGACGCUCACCUCCACCAAACUUUGACCACAGCUGA